CCCUCCUCUCGUCCGUGUCCUCUCCCGAUGCCUCGCUCUUGUCGGAUGGGAGACAGCGACACACAGCAGGCAGGAUGACAAACCAGUCGACAGCCAACCAGUCCAACACAAACAAGAAGGAGAAAGAGGAAAGCCAGCGAGAUGACAACACAGACGUUGCGUACAAAGAUGCAGGCCACUGCAGCCGCAACACCCACAACCUGCUGCUGGCACUCACCGUUUUGGGUGUUGUAAUGGGAGUGCUGUUUGGGAUGCUGCUGCGUUACAUGUCGGUGAAGGACAACUCCGCCCUCACGUUGGUUUCCUUCCCUGGAGAAAUCUUGAUGAGGGUGCUGAAGAUGCUCAUCCUGCCUCUGAUCAUCUCCAGCCUCAUCACAGGGCUGGCUGGUCUAGACGCCCGCUCCAGUGGCAGGAUGGGUAGUCGAGCCAUGGUGUACUACAUGACCACCACUGUAAUCGCUGCCAUCCUCGGGGUCAUCCUGGUGUUGGGGAUCCACCCGGGGAACCCCAAACUGAGGGGAGAAUCGUCAACCUCGGCCCCGAAGAACCAGGAGGUCAGCAGUAUAGACGCCUUCCUGGACCUGCUCAGAAACCUCUUCCCUGAGAACCUGGUGCAGGCCUGCUUCCAACAGGUUCAGACGGUGCUGAAAACGUUGCCGGUCCCGGCUACAAACCAAACCGAGCCCAUCUUAGUGAACAGGAAGAAACUGGAGUACAAAUGGGGCAUGAACGUCCUCGGCCUGAUCGGCUUCUUCAUCACCUUUGGGAUCUGCAUGAGCAGGAUGGGCGAGCGGGGGAAGACCAUGUGUGACUUCUUCAACAUCCUCAACGAGAUUAUCAUGACGAUGGUUUCCAUGAUCAUGUGGUACUCUCCUAUCGGCAUCGCCUCCUUGAUUGCGGGGAAGAUCGCAGACAUCGGGAACCUGGAGAUCGUGGCCAGGCAGCUGGGCAUGUACAUGGUGACCGUCAUGGUGGGCCUGAUAAUCCACGGCGGCUUGAUCCUUCCUGCUAUAUUCUUCGCUAUCACCAGAAAAAGCCCUUUUACUUUCUACAAAGGGAUCUUUCAGGCCUGGAUCACAGCUCUGGGCACUGCUAGCAGUGCAGGAACGUUACCCGUCACCUUCCGCUGCCUGGAGGAAAAUCUGAAGCUUGAUAAGCGCGUGACUCGCUUCGUGCUGCCCAUCGGAGCCACCAUUAACAUGGACGGCACGGCGCUGUAUGAGGCCGUGGCGGCCAUCUUUAUCGCCCAGAUGAAUGACAUCGCCCUGGACACCGGACAGAUCAUCACUGUCAGUCUGACUGCCACCCUGGCCAGUGUGGGAGCCGCCAGUAUUCCCAGUGCUGGACUGGUUACCAUGCUGCUCAUCCUGACGGCUGUGGGGCUUCCUACUCAGGACAUCAGUCUGCUCAUCGCCGUCGACUGGCUGCUUGACAGAAUGCGUACCUCUAUCAAUGUGGUGGGCGACUCGUUCGGCGCCGGGAUCGUGGACCACUUGUCGAAGGCCGAGCUGGCCGAACUCGACGCGGCGGAAAUGCAAUUGCUCCACCCGGAGGAGCUCGAUUUCAUCCCGCCGCCGCCGAUCCUCACGGAGAUGGACCUGAUCGUCCCCUUCAAACCACCCGAGCUGCCACCCCGCUCCCCUCGCCCACCCAAACAAAACCACCACGGCCACGUUCUCUCCCAGUCCCAGUCCAUCACUUACUCCCCGUCCCGUUCUGUCCGGUCUCCAUCACCUCGCUCCAUCCGCUCUCCCUCUCCGCGCUCCGUCUGCUCCCACUCCCCUCGGCCUUUCCGCACUCAUUCACCGCGUCUCCUCCACAGGACGGAGGCGGGCUACUGCGCCCUGCCCAGCCACGACAACCAGAUUCCCAAAAUGCCUCGUUCCCACAGAGAGAGAGAGAGGGAACGGGAGCGCCUGAGGCGGGAGAGCGAAACCGAAGAGGAGGAGGAGAGAGAGAGGGUCUUGGGUGAAACGAGCGACGGCGAGGAGAGCGAUGACACUGCUUACGAUCGGAGGCAGGCUAUGCCGCACAGCGACCUGCCAUGAUCAGAUUUUUACCACCAAAACAAAAAAAAAGCUUCCCCAUCGAUUAGUUUUCAUUUUACGACAGCUUUUCGAGGUCCACACUGGAUUUCUGGCAGGUUACAUUGCUACUUCUCUUAGACGUGUUUAGAGUCACUGCUCUUGAUUAACAGAACGUUGGAUUAGUGAUCGAUUCGCUCACUUUGAGCUCGAUAUACGCAGAUACUAAAAUGCUGAGAUGGCCCUUUAAAACCAUACUUCUGCUCUUUGGUUUGCAAAACAGAGCUUUAAACGGAGAGUUUAUUUCCCUAGUUUACUCAUGUCUUCCAUCACUGUCUUGAUUUUGUCAUUUCAUGGUUGAACCUGAAUGUCUGAUCUUCCUUAAAUUUGCCUGAUAGGAGAGGAAUUGUGAGUCUGCUCUCGAUGAGAAAAGUAUCUUGGUGUUAUCAGCCUUUUAACGCACAACCACGAGUUAUCAGUUGAUCCUUGACCUUUGCCCAGCUCCUUCUCCUCUACUUUUAUUUUCCUGACAGGAAGUGAAAAUGCUUAGACUUGAAGGAAUAGCUUCACAUUUUGAGAAAGACGCUUUUCUUGCAGAUAUGAGAACAUAGAUGUUACGCUUCAGUUUCAAAGUAAAUCCACCGACCAGCAUCCUCCACAGCUCACUAAUUAACACGUUAUACUUUGUUUGUUUAAUCCGUACAAAAACUGAAGUAUAAAAAUGACAAUUUGGCUUUUUUAAUAGGAUGUUAUGUGCCGGACUAUUUCUUGUCUGGGAGCAGUGAAUACCUGGAAUUUCCACUGGUCGAGAAACAUUCCAGCAAAUACAGUAAAUACCUGUAAAGUCACAACUUGUCAUUUUUACGCUUCUGCUUUUGUGCUGAUUAAACAAACACCAUGUUCAGUAGUGAGUGUUUAAGAUGCUGGUUGGAGGGUUUUUGUUAUGGUUGGACAGGGCCAAGGACUAGCUGAGUCUUUAUGCUAAGCUAAGCUAACAGGCUGCUGGCUGUAAGCUUCUUAUUUACACAUUAAAGUGGUGUUGAUCUUCUAAUUUAACUCCCAAAAUGUUGAACUACUCCUUUAAAUAACCUUGAGAAUACCAACAGGUUCACGUACGUGAAAGAAAUUCAGCAGACGUUAUUUUUUAUAAUUCUCUACCUGUUUAUCUCUUUACAUUUCCAUCCUCGGUGCUCUUCUGCACAUCACCUCUCAUCUUGAUGUUAAUAUUGUCUAUAUCAUCUAUGGUUUGUAUUUCCUCGUUGUGGUCUGGUGUCUAAAAGGACGAGUUUUAGGCGAGAUGCUGUUUUGAUUUAGUCGUAUGUUUAAAUUUACUAGUUUUAACUCUCAUUGUUCAUUCUUAAAUGCUGUAAAAUAACGUCAUCGGUCUCUCCCUCCCCACUGAACUGCCUUUCAUUUUAAAUUUAAUUUCAUCUGCUGCCUCCCUGCGUCCUUAAGUCUUAACUCAGAUUCACAAGUCCGGCUCAUGUGUAUAUUGUAUGUAAUAAAAUCUUAGAGAUUUAUUUAAAAUAACUGUGAUUCUCCUGUGUUUCCUCUGCUGCUUAAGCACAAUCGGCGGAGGGAUUUGCAGUUGAAAGGGGACACACGUCAGUGUUUGGUGACUAAGAUGCAGGAAAAAUCCUGCAGACAAAGAUAUUACUGGGUGGAAAAGUUGCAACAGACACGCAUUGCACACGAGGCCGCGCUUACAGAACACGCUGAUGAGACAAAGCCACACAGAUACCAACACACAUAAUCCUCUCAAAGAAGAGUUAGAGAUGGGCGAGGCAGGAGAGAGUGAGGGAUGGGAGAGGAAUCGGAGGGCGGCAGAUGGCCAGAAAGACGUCAAUCCUUUUCAUUCUUCCCAGACAGCAUAAGGGCACUGUGGGUGAUUGCAGCCGGUGCUGACGUUGGAUUUGGGUCCCUGCACGUCAGAGGAGUCAGGGGGGAGGGAAAAGGUGAGAUGCUGCACGUCAGCACAAAUCUGACAAAAGAAUACUAACAAUGUGUCUGAAAAUCUGUGUAAUUCUGUAUGUCUGAAAUUCUGAAUCUGUGAUGACGAUGUUUGUGGGAGCGCAGCACUGAUCUGUCCUGUAGCAUGAGAGGGAGCUCCAACACAUGACACGAGGAUAUCACACCAUCUGAUGAGGGGAGAGGGGGGGGGGGUCAGCAAUUUAAUCACUGCAGCCAGCAUGGAGAGGACUGUGUGUGUGUGUGUGUGUGUGUGUGUGAGGGGUGGGGGUUAUGAGGAGCAUGAUCUGCUCUGAAGCACUUUCCAUUCUCUUUACUUCAGCUCAACUCAAACGGUUGUUCAUUAUUUCAGUUCUUCCUCACUGAGGAUUUAUUUUUACUGGACCUUAAACUACAUGAGUCACGGAUAAAGACAAACAUUGGUAGUGGGAUAAAGAAACUUCAUUUACUUUGAUUUAUAGGUUUCAUAUCUAAUUUAACUGGACAUUUGGAAAAAUGUCUAUGAUGGCUGCUACAACGUCUUUACUAAGUAAUCUGACAGUUCGUUUCCUCCAUUAAUCAUUUGGUUGAUUUAAUAUCUGAGAACAGUGAAAAUGAAUUUUGAAGCCAGGGCCGACUUGUUCUCACUUCUAACCCGUCAACUACUGUGUCAGUGCAGCUCUGCAGCUCAUAUGACACACACAGACACCCUUUAGUGUCUGUAUGAGACGCUUAAGACUUUCAACUAACUCCAAUGUAAAACCAUCCGCGUCAUUGUUAGACGCUCAGAGCGACUGACGUAGUAUAAAGAGAGAGAAAGUCUAUUUAGGGUUGUGGUGGAUGGGAGACGGCUGUUCGUGUGCCGUUUGAAACCAAAAAGUCAACGUUGACUUGUUUUGUCACGUCAGUCUCGUUAGUCAUUCGUUUGUUGCGUGAGAAACAAACUAAGUGUUUUUGUUGCCUAAACCUAAACUUCUUGUGAAGCAAGUUUAUUUAAAAAAAGACACUAACGAGCGUGUACUGACACGUCUA